AUGUGACUCAAUUGUUAUGUUUGAAUUAAGGAAAUGUGGAUAUUGUGGAUACUAUCUAAUAAAGGGGUGAGCCUGCACCAAGUUGACUGUAAAAAAUCUCGCUUGCUCGUUUGACAACAUGGGAUAUUUUACCAAGUUGGAUUCGAUAGUGGCAAAAGCGGAAGUUAAGACCAUGAGGCCCGUGAUGUGGUUCCUGCAACUCGCAUUGGCAGGCAUGAAUUAUAUACCAUUGAGAUUCUACAUCCCUAGUUAUCCGCCACAAGCUCAAGUAGUCGAUGGUGACCGGUUCGAAUUCAUCGUGGUAGGUGCAGGAUCAGCGGGCAGCGUGGUCGCUGUGCGGUUAGCCGAGGUGCUCGAGUGGCGGGUGCUUCUCAUAGAAGCGGGCGGUGAUCCGCCUCUUGAUACUGAGCUUCCCAGCUUCACUCCAUUUGUCGCUAACACGGAAUACGACUGGAACUUCUACACAGAAGACGAUGGAUACUCCAGCCAGGCUCAUAGGACGAAAAACAUCCGCUUAACCCAGGGCAAAAUGCUCGGGGGCUCAAGUAGCGCUAACUACAUGUAUUACGUGCGAGGAAAUUUUCAGGAUUAUGAGAAGUGGGUGGAAUUAGGUGCUGAAGGUUGGGACUACCUGAACGUUACAUACUAUUUCAAAAAGAGCGAAUCAAUAAAAAGUCCCGAGAUCCUAAGAGAGUCCCCUAAUCUGCAUAGCGAAGAUGGCCCUAUGGGGGUGACUUGGAUUCCUUGGGACCGGUAUACUCAAAAUAUUUUCGAAGCAUUUAAAAAUUAUGAACCUCACAUUGAUACGAAUCAAUUUCACCAGCUGGGUUAUUCAUUCCCUCAGUAUACAAUAUAUAACAAAAUUCGACAAAGUACUGCUAACGUUUUUCUCCGAGGUGCGAAACAUUCGAAGAAUUUAUACGUUCUCAAGAACUCCUUAUGCACUAAAGUACUUUUCGAUGCAAAUAAAACAGCGGUUGGUGUAGAAGUAAAAUUAUCCAGUAAAACAAUCAUAAAUAUAUAUGCUACAAAGGAAAUAAUUUUAUCUGCCGGUGCUAUUAACACCCCCAAAUUGCUGAUGUUAUCAGGAAUCGGUCCCAGAAGUCAUUUGACUGAAAAGGGUAUUCCUGUAUUGGUUGACUCGCCAUUAGUAGGUAGAAAUCUUCAAGACCAUGCUGCAACAAUUGUUACAGUGACAGGUAAAAAAGGCAUUGAAACUGCAUUACAUAACUUUAAAUUGUUAUCCAACAUUUACCGAUUUCCUACUCCCACUAUAAUGGGCUUUCAAAGUCUGUCCCAAUCCAGUGAGACUGAUUUCCCAGUCCCAGAUUAUCAAAGCUUUGUAUUUCCGCUCCCACCGACAACACUGAUUUCGACUAUGAUUUGUUCUUACGUCAUAGAUCUCGACGACAAUAUUUGCACAGCUGUGGCACAAGUUGGGCAAACCCAAGAAACAUUUUUUACGUUGAUAACAUUGCUGCAUCCACAGUCCAGGGGACGCGUAGAAUUAAGAAGCAAAAAUCCCGAAGUGGAUCCAAAAAUAUUUACCGGAUACUAUUCCGAUGACGACGGUCAAGAUCUAGAAACACAUGCAAAAAGUGUAAUACAUUUCAUUGACAUCACUAAUAGCGAAUAUUUAAAAAGUUUCAAUUCUACGGUUGCUAACCUGAGAGUGCCUCAAUGUGAGAAUAUACUAUUCAACAGCCUUGAGUACUGGAAAUGUCACGUUCUGAAUACUGCUACCACCGUCUGGCAUCCAGUUGGAACUUGUGCAAUGGGUGUUGCCGGUAAAAGCGUGGUAGAUCCUGAGUUAAGAGUGCGAGGAGUUCGCGGGUUAAGAAUAGGCGACGCUAGUAUUAUGCCGACCAUAACAAGUGGGAACACUAAUGCGCCUUGUAUAAUGAUUGGAGAGAAAUUGGCAGAUAUGAUCAAAGUAAUCCAUUACACGUAUCAAAUUUAUUAAACUAGUAGUUGCCCCAAAAUAUAUAUAGAAGACUUACGAAUAUGUUGCCAUUAACGUGUUCGCCGCCAUUGACUUGAAGCCAGAACAUUUCAUGUCCCACACGCCAGCUCAAGACUUGAUAUCACUUACGUACGUGAAAAACUUCAACGUCCCCUAUGGUGCGGUCGUUUCUAAUAUAGCAACUUUACAGUGGUACUUUUGCCAGUAGGUAUCAAUAAAAAUGAUAUUCACGUGUGUCACUGUAACAUUAUGUCUUGUAGUUUUGGAAUUUAUUUAUGAUUUCUAUACUAUAAUAGGGCCGUUUAUUAAUGGGUCCUGUGAUUGGUCCUGUGACACAUUGACCGACGUUUCUUGUAGUGUUAUUUCAGAUAGAGUUAUUUUAGACCAAUUGUAUAAACAGCCAAAUCAAUUGAAAUGCUCCAUUAUUAAACUGUUGUUAUUAUUAGUGAUUAAAAUAGUACUAAGAACCUUGUUUUAUGGACACUAGACUUGCGCGCGAGAACUCAAGUUGUGCUAAACCACUGUUAAUCGUUCACGUGAUAAAAUAUCAAGAAGUGUCAAGCGCACUAUAUGACAUGUUAACCCUCCAAAACUCCUCCAAAUAUUUACGAUAGCGAAAUUAGAUAUACAUAUCAGUGAAUUUGUUAAUAAAUAUACAUCUUUGCCUCGGUUCAUGAAUACAAUAAGAACAUUUAGUAGUUUUUUUUGUUUCUUUUCUUCUCCAUUAAUGAUUUAUGUACUUACAUAGUCUAAGCCUUAGAUUAAUAAUGUAAUAUUUCUAUGGUCUAAGCAUAAGUAUUUGUAUACUAGAUGACUAG